CUUGAAAAAGAGGAAGAGAGAGAAAAGAAAGUCUCACCACACAAACAAACCCACAAAACCCCCAUUUGUGAAUUGAAUCAAAUCAGCUUACGCCCUCUCGCUCUCUAUCUAUCUCUCACUCCCAAAAUUUCAAAAGCCAAUCUGACAAAACAAAACAAUACCCAUCUCUCUCUCUCUCUCUCUCUCUCUAUUAAACCUCAAUUUUAUUAUAUUUUCACAUUACUAUUACCAACCCGCUUUUAUAUUAAAAGAAAUUUAUAAAUUAGAUAAAAGAAGGAAAAAAAGAAAAAGAAAAAGAAAGAAAUGGGAGAGAGAAAGACUGUUCUUUCAUUUGCUCAAAGUACUUAUUGUUGUUGUACUAAUUGUUGUUGGUGGUGGGAUUGUAAUUGUUGUUUUUAUUGUUUCGCUUUUAAAUCUAAAAUCAAAAUCACCUUCGUUCGAGUUGGGUGUGUGUUUUUAUAUUUUAUUUUCCUCUCAAUCAAACGCCAAUUUCUUAAACACUGCUUCGACUAUUUUAUUAAUUGUUGUGUUUAUAUUUCGUUUUUUGUUAUUCCCCAAAUUUCACCGCACAUCUCAGUCACGCUCCCACGCACGAACUCUCUCUUCGAUUGAGUUAUCGAAAAGUCUUUUUUAGAGAGAGAAAUUUAUUUUCGUCAUUUUCCUUUACCCGUCAAAACCACGAAGCAGAAAUCUUGUACCCAAAAACGGGGGAAGCUUAACCCUUAUUUUGGAUUGUGAGCGAGAGAGAGAGAGAGAGAUGUUUCGCUGCUGCUUCAUCUGGGUGUGCCAGUUCUGAUUUUUAUAGGAGUGAGGAGGUUUUGUUUGAUUUCGUGGGUUCUUGGUGCUGAGAGUGAGCUUGAAGAUCAACAAUGGAGGCUGGUUCCGAGGGAGAGAAGAAGAAGCCGCCUGAGGGAGAGAAUAAGACCAAGCGCAAGAUGAAGACUGCUUCGCAAUUGGAGAUACUUGAAAAAACUUAUGCAGUGGAGUCGUAUCCGUCAGAGUCGUUGAGAGCUGAGUUAUCGUCAAAAUUGGGACUUUCUGAUCGCCAAUUGCAGAUGUGGUUCUGUCACCGGAGGUUGAAAGACCGGAAAGUGGCGCCGGUUAAGCGGUCACGGAAGGAAUCUCCAGUGGUGGUGGGGAUAGAGGGUGGGAGUGGGGGGAAAAUGGUGGUGGGUGAUGUGGGUAAUGAACAUAUUUCUGGGUUGGGUUUGGGUUCAAGUUCAUUUGGGCACUCUGUGGAUUCACGGCGAGUUCUUGCCCGACCAUCAUUGGCCGUUCCAAGGAUUGGAGGUGAUAUUCCGUUUAUAAAGAGGUACUAUGAGCCACAGCAGUCCAUAGUGGAGCUUCGAGCUAUUGCUUUUGUGGAGGCGCAGUUGGGAGAGCCGUUGAGGGAGGAUGGGCCAAUUUUGGGAAUGGAGUUUGAUCCUUUGCCACCGGAUGCAUUUGGCACACCCAUAGGAACAUCAAUCGUUGGGCAGCAGAAGCAAUCUGCACGAUCUUUUGAUGCAAAAAUAUAUGACCAGUCUGAUGCUAAAUCUGUCAAGGUUGCUGCAAGGGCUCUUCACGAGUACCAGUUUAUUCCAGAGCAACCAACUGUUAGACUUGAUUCAUAUGAAAGAUUCACCCCAUCUUAUCAGUAUGGUUCACCUUUGGAUGGUCCAAAUGCCAAGACUUCAUCAAUACCCACUGGGCACUUGUUCAUUCAUGGAAAUGAACAAUUACCCUCUGGGUAUGGAUUUCAAGGUCAGAUAACUGGUCUAAAUCUUUUGUCUCAGCAAGGCAGGCCAAAUCACUUGUUGCCAUCUAUUUCAGGAGAGUAUGACAAAGUCCAAAGAAAGAACACAAAAAUUAAUAUGGAUGCUCACCCAAUUAGUCAACUGGAAAAUCCAUUUAUGUUGUCUGACAGAAGGGUCACUCAUGAUGAGGAUGUUAUACGAGUUGAGAGGAAGCGCAAGAGCGAAGAGGCAAAAAUAGCGCGUGAAGUUGAAGCCCAUGAGAAAAGGAUUAGAAAAGAGCUUGAGAAACAAGAUAUAUUGAGGCGAAAGAGGGAGGAGCAAAUAAGGAAAGAAAUGGAGAGGCAUGACCGUGAGAGGCGGAAGGAGGAAGAGAGACUAUUGCGUGAAAAGCAAAGAGAGGAGGAGAGAUACCAAAGGGAGCAAAGGCGUGAGCUGGAGCGUAGAGAGAAAUUCUUGCUGAAGGAGUCCAUUAGAGCUGAAAAAAUGAGGCAAAAAGAAGAAUUACGCCGAGAAAAAGAGGCAGCAAGGCUUAAAGCUGCCAAUGAGAGAGCUAUUGCGCGCAGAAUUGCUAAGGAAUCAAUGGAAUUGAUUGAAGAUGAACGCCUGGAACUGAUGGAGUUAGCUGCAUCAAGCAAGGGACUGCCCUCUAUAGCAUCGCUCGAUUAUGAAUCUUUGCAAAAUCUUGACUCGUACAGAGACAUGCGAAAUUCAUUUCCUCCCAAAUCUGUGCAUUUGAAAAGGCCUUUUGCAAUUCAACCGUGGGCAGGUUCUGAGGAGAACAUUGGUAAUCUUCUUAUGGUAUGGAGGUUCUUAAUUACUUUUGCUGAUGUUCUUGGACUUUGGCCAUUUACGCUGGAUGAAUUUAUUCAAGCUUUUCAUGACUAUGAUUCAAGGUUGUUGGGUGAGAUUCAUGUUUCUCUUCUGAGAUCCAUCAUUAAAGAUAUUGAAGAUGUAGCAAGAACACCGUCCAUGGGUUUGGGAGCAAAUCAAAAUGGUACUGCUAACCCUGGAGGUGGUCAUCCAGAGAUUGUCGAAGGGGCCUAUGCUUGGGGUUUUGAUAUUCGGAGCUGGCAGCAUAACUUAAAUCCAUUGACAUGGCCUGAAAUAUUGCGGCAGUUUGCUUUAUCAGCUGGAUUGGGGCCUCAACUGAAGAAAAGGAAUGUUGAACCCGUAUGUCUUCGUGAUGAUAAUGAGGGUAAUGAUGGUAAAGAUAUAAUUUCUAAUUUACGCAAUGGAGCAGCUGUAGAAAAUGCUUUUGCUAUAAUGCAAGAAAGGGGCUUUUCUAAUCCACGUAGAUCCAGACAUCGGUUGACUCCUGGAACUGUUAAAUUUGCAGCAUUUCAUGUUCUUUCUCUAGAGGGGAAUAAGGGUCUUACUAUAUUGGAAGUUGCAGACAGGAUUCAGAAAUCUGGUCUUCGGGAUCUUACGACAAGCAAGACACCAGAAGCCUCUAUUGCUGCUGCUUUAUCCAGGGAUUCAAAACUUUUUGAGAGGACAGCUCCCUCGACUUAUUGUGUGCGCGCUUCAUAUAGGAAGGAUCCAGCUGAUGCUGAGUCAAUACUUGCUUCAGCCAGGGAAAGAAUCCGGAUUUUUAAAAGUGGGGUUUUGGAUGGAGAAGACGCUGAGGAUGCUGAAAGAGAUGACGAUUCUGAAAGUGAUGCUGCAGAGGAUCCUGAGGUUGAUGAUUUAGGUACUGAAAUAAAUCCUAUCAAAGAGGCUGGGGAUUUUCAAGAAUUAAAUAAAUUCAAUGCAAAAACUCUCCUGGGAAAUGGAAAGGAGAGCAGUCAUCAUAUUUUGGAAACUCCAGAAAAAGAUCUUAGGAAUAUUGAUGAGGGUUUAUCUGCCAUAGAUUCUGAAGGUCAUGUCAAGAUGAAGGAUACUAGUUUGUCCUAUGGUCAAACUGGUCAAACCGUUGAUGUUGCUGGAAUGGAUGCAUCUACUAUUGAUCAAGAAGAUGCAGAUAUUGAUGGAAGCCACCUUGGUGAACCAUGGGUCCAAGGACUAAUGGAAGGUGAGUACUCUGAUCUUAGUGUUGAGGAGCGCCUUAAUGCACUUGCUGCCUUGAUUGGUGUGGCAAUUGAGGGGAAUUCAAUUCGCCUUAUACUUGAGGUACGUCUAGAAGCAGCAAAUGCUUUGAAGAAGCAAAUGUGGGCAGAGGUGCAACUUGAUAAACGUCGAAUGAAAGAAGAAUAUAUAAUGAGAAUGCAUUAUUCAUCACUCAUGGGGAACAAAUUUGAGCCUAAUGUGACCAAUUCAUCAGCAGGAGGUGGGCCAAGCCCAUUUCUUACCGUUGGUGACAAAAAUAAUGAGACAACAGUGGACCUUUCUGUCCAGGAAGAGCAGAUAAAUGAUCUUCAUACUGAGAAUAAUUAUAUUAGCAGUUUUCCCUCAGAAAGAAACCUGCAAAUGCAAGAAGUCCCUACUGGUCCAGAUAAUCACCUGUUUCCACAGUCAGGAUGUGCAGCUGAUAGGUCACGCUCCCAGUUAAAAUCUUAUAUUGGAUACAAAGCGGAAGAGAUGUAUGUAUAUAGGUCCUUACCACUUGGUCAGGAUCGAAGGCGAAAUAGAUACUGGCAGUUUAUUACGUCUGCUUCUCCAAAUGAUCCUGGCUGUGGUAGAAUCUUUGUGGAGUUACAAGAUGGUCGUUGGAGGCUUAUUGACUCUGAAGAGGGUUUUGAUGCUUUAUUGGCAUCUUUGGAUGUGCGAGGGAUUAGGGAAUCCCAAUUACAUACAAUGUUGCAGAAGAUUGGGGUUUCUUUCAAGAAAAUUGUUAAGAAAAGCAUGCUGCAUGAUAAUGUUGGAAGAGAAUGUGAACACAAUGUCAAGAAAGAAACCGUUGAAAUGACUCUUCACCCUGAUUUCAGCAUUGGUAAUGAUAGCCCUAGCAGCACCGUUUGUCUUGCUGAUUCUGAUAUGCUGGAGACAUCGACAUCUUUUGUAAUUGAGCUUGGCAGGAAUGAAAUCGAGAAAAAUAGUGCAUUGAAGAGAUAUCAAGAUCUUGAGAAGUGGAUCUGGAAAGAAUGCUUUAGUUCUUCAAUGAUUUGUGCCAUUAAGGAUGGGAAGAAAAGAUGCAAACAACUGCUGAACAUUUGUGAUUAUUGUAGUAGUAUCUAUUCUUCCGAAGACAAUCACUGUCCUUCUUGCCAUAGAAUCUAUGCUACAUCUGAGAGUGGCUUUAAUUUUUCUGAACAUUUGGCUCAAUGCAAAAGGAAACUUAAACUGGAAGAACAUUGUGCUUUGCAUGGUUCAUCGUUUGUUCCUCAGAGGAUAAGGAUGCUCAAAAUGCUAUUAUCCUUAGUUGAGGUUUCAGUACCACCAGAAGCUCUUCAAUCUCUUUGGACUGAAAGUCAUCGGAAAUCUUGGGGUAUAGAGUUAACCUCUUCAUCAUCAGCUAAAGACCUUCUUCAGGUUCUCACUGUUUUGGAAGGUGCUGUAAAGAGGGACUACUUGUCCUCAAAUUUUGAGACUACCAAUGAACUUUUGGAUUCUUCAAAUCCAGUAAGAUUUGCUGCUACUAAUUCCACCCUUUCCAAAUCAGUUACCAUACUUCCAUGGAUACCACUUACAACAGCUGCUGUGGCUCUAAGGCUUAUGGAGUUUGAUGCAGCCAUCUCUUACACAUUGCAGCAGAAAGUAGAGUCUAGAAAGAACAAGGAAUCUGGGGAUUUAAACAAGCAUCCAUCAACACAUGCUGUUCUUAAGAGCUCAGUCAGUGCCGAGACUCUGAGUACUACAUGUCAAGCCAACAAUCUUCAAGAAGAAAACUGGGCUGAUCCUGGGAUUGGCCUUGACAGCUUUGGCCGUGGAAGAGGUAGCCGAGGAGGAGCCUACGGGCGUACCCGUAGUGGGCGUUCACAGCGAAGAGCCAUUGGUUCUAGAGCUGAAUCUGUAAAGCAUAAUGCUGCCACAAACAAUGAGAGAUUGGGACAGGUACUGGAAUGGGAAGGGAGAUCACGUGGUCAUGGACAUAGGCGAGGUCGCCGGAGUAUUAGAAGCAGGCAGAAACCAUCUAAGAAGAUGGUUGAGAUUGGUGGAGAGAGAAGUUCCCCUAAAGAGGGAACAUCUGACAAGUCACCAAGAAGCUUGGUCAAUGCGUGGAAUAGGGUUGAAACCGCUAACUUUCAGUUGGAAGGUGCCGAAUUAGCAAGCAGUUCAGGAAGAUCAGAGUAUGAUGAUGAAAAUGGUCAAGCAUCAGAAGAUGAAUAUGAUGAUAUGGUGGUGGAUGACUAUGCCACUGGCUUAAAUGGCAAGUCUGAUGACUUACUGGAUGGAAGCGAUUACAAUGUCAACGGUGAUGAAGAUGAGGCUGAUGAUGAUGUUGAAGAUGAAGAGGAGGAUGGAGAAGGGGAUUUUGAUGUUGAUCGGUACAUAAACGGGGACUCGGAUGGAGAGGAAAACAGGGCUGGAGAUGAAGAGCAAAACAUGAAACUCAAUGAAGGCACUGGAUCCACAUCUUCUGAGUAUAGUGACUGAGAAAUCUACAAAUAUAGAUAAACUGACAUGUUGAUGUACAAGGGACGUCCAAUAGUUCAUUUGCAUCUUUUUGUUUUUGUUUAUGUGAUGCAAGAUAACCCAGUAGUCUGAUAGUGUAUUUAUGUACGACAAAAGGUGAAUUUGUCAAAGGGAGCACCUUACUGUACUGGAGAUCAAUAUGAAUGAAUAGUUCACACAACUCAAAGGGUGUUGGUUCUCUCAUGGUUCUUGUACGCUGUAUAAAAAAGGUAGAAUUUUCUUUUCUA